AUUGUUUUCAUUGGUUAAUCAAGCUGGCUAAGUGCCGAGCUAGGGCACCGUGUUGCCCGCGUGAGACGAGAUGUCCUCAAUAACUCAAGACUCACUAAAAUUUCUGCAAAUUGUUAACGACAUUAAGAGUCAACCCCGUAGAGGAUGGCAGUUAAGAGGAUUGACCAAUGUAGAGAGUGUAUCAGAUCACAUGUAUCAGAUGGCUAUUAUGGCUAUGAUCAUCACAGAUAAGAGUUUGGAUAAAAACAGGUGUGUACAAAUUGCUCUUGUACACGACAUGGCCGAGUGCAUUGUUGGAGAUAUAACCCCUGUCGAUGGAAUAAGUAAGGAGGAAAAACAUCGAAGAGAAAAAGAAACUAUGGAGAAGUUAUCAAAAUUGGCUGGUCCUGAAUCGGGUCAUGAUCUGUAUCAAUUAUGGAAGGAGUAUGAAGAACAGUCAUCAGCAGAGGCUAGGUUUGUAAAAGACCUUGACCGCUUUGAGAUGAUCUCACAGGCAUUCCAAUAUGAAAAGAGGGAAAAUAAACCAGGUCUUCUACAAGAGUUCUUUGAUUCUACACAAGGCAAAUUCAGCCAUCCAUUGGUGAUAGAAUGGGUAGAAGAACUGAAUAAACAGAGAGACAACAUGAUCAAGGAACAUCAAGAUCAGAGCUCUAGUUGACAUUAGCUGAACUCCCUGUCAUACUCAGGUCUAUAGCAAAGUAUAUUAUAAAGAUGGGUCAUAUUUCAUAAAAUCUGUCAUCUGUUUUAAAUACUAGAAGUACAAGAACUAGAACUGGUUCCUACAAGAUUUCGCAAAUACUGACAAAAGCGGUCAUAAUUGGCUCCUAGUGCGCAAUGGCACUAGUAGAAAUAUGACCAAAAUGUGAUUCAUGAGUUCUUUAAAGUACUCAAACACUGAUUUGUUUGUAUGUUAUUUACUGGACUUUUUCUAUCAGUGUGCAGUUUUGCUAUUAAGUCGUUAAUCAGAUCCCAAUAAAAUUAAGGGUUCUCACUUUGAAGAUUGUCUAGCUUGACAAUUAUAUGAUUUCUCUUGUUCCAUAAAACUUCUCUUAACCUUCUUUUUAACCUUUUCCUCGGUGUAAUAUUGCUCGCUUUUCAUUGCAUUUAUGGAUCAGCAUCCCAAUACCAUCAAUCCUUACAUACCAACUAGGUCUGUGCUUUUCAACAUCUGGUUCACUUGUGGUUCCAAAAGAUAAAACAAAACUAGGGGAAAAGAUCCUUUGGUCAUGCAUGUCUCACUGUGGAAUAGACUUCCUGAAGACAUCCAAAAUUGUAUCUAUGUUGACUCCUUCAAAAAUGUUCUUUUUAAAACCUUUCUAUU